AUGAAAUACAUAAAUUUGAUCAUAUGUAUCUAUGUUCAUAUCUAUGUAUCUAUGGACCUAUGUUCAUAUGUAUUCAUCUAUCUAUCUAUCUAUCGCAGUUUAUUACUAUGUAUCAAAGUCUCUUCCUGUCUAUCUAUCUAUCUAUCUAUCAUUGUUCAUAUAUAUCUAUGUUCAUAUUUAUGUAUCUAUGUUAAUAUUUAUCUAUCUAUCUAUCAUAGUCUUUUCCUAUCUAUCUAUCUAUCUAUCAUUGUUCAUAUCUAUCUAUGCUCAUAUUUAUGUCUCUUCCUAUCUAUCUAUCUAUCUAUCUAUCUAUCUAUCUAUCUAUCAUUGUUCAUAUAUAUCUAUGAUCAUAUUUAUGUAUCUAUGUUAAUAUCUAUCUAUCUAUCUAUCUAUCUAUCUAUCACAGUCUUUUCCUAUCUAUCUAUCUAUCUAUCUAUCUUUCUAUCUAUCUAUCUAUCAUUGUUCAUAUCUAUCUAUGCUCAUAUUUAUGUAUCUAUGUUCAUAUCUAUGUAUCUAUGGACCUAUGUCUCUUCCUAUCUAUCUAUCUAUCUAUCUAUCUAUCUAUCUAUCUAUGUUUUUGCCCUGUUUCUCUUUAUCUUUGUCUCAUUUCUAUCUUCCUCUGUUUCCAUUUUUAUAUAA